GACCAAAUAUUGAUACAUAUCAAGAUAGCUAGUUGUUGAGCUUAUGUGUGUGUUUGUGUGUGGGAGAGAGAGAGAUGGAAAGAGAGAAAGAGAGUUGGUCUCCUGUCCUAACCGAACCCAAAACAACGUCAGCAGUAGUCAAUCAAACCUAAACUCCUAACUUAGAAAAGUCGUUGAGAUUAGGUUGCCACUUUUAACCAUAUAUACAUAAACCAAGCAAGUACUCUUCACCUGUUCUGUUCCCCAACAAAACAGAAAUCAGACCAACAAUGCUUCGUACUCCUUCUCCUCCUCCUCAUCAUAAUUUGUCAAUGACCAACAUGCUCAUCUCCCACAUCCUCCGCCGUUGGCCACUGCUGAUCUAUGCCAUCAGCUGGACCACAGUCCUCACCCUGACAGUGGCAGUGGCAUCUUUCUCCCCCGAGCUGGCCUUUGUCUCGGCCAUCUCCCCCUCCUCGUCCUCCCGCGCCUGCCAAACCAAUAAGGCCAUCAGAGUUCCACUAGACAUGCCUGGAGAAGUACUCUGCCUGCCAUCCUAUCUCUUCACCAAGUCCAAGCUUGAUCUUAUCGUGCCGCCAGUCUUUGCAGCAGCGGUCGUUGCUGGCUCCGCCUUUCUGGUUCGAGCAGCCGCCUUGUGGGAGGACGAUGCUCAUUCUUACUAGUUCACUUGGAUGCUUACGUGCAUAGAUAUAUCAUAGUUUUUUUGGUUCAUUUUUUUUUCCCUUAAAGCCUCAAAAGUUGUCAAUUUGCAUUAGACUUGUCAUUUUUUUUUAUCUUCAUAUGAUACUUGCACACAAUACAACACCGUUGUAAAUAAAGAAAGAGAUUGUACUAUAUCAA